CCACACCACACAUACAGUUCGUUCGCGGAUCUCGUUGCCGUCUCCCAACUGUGAGUAAAAUCUAAAUACUAUUCCACAACUUAACAUCCGAUCAUUUUUCAUGGUGCUUUGCUAACAACAAGAUGGUUUACCUUCCCCUAGUAGUUGGCUUUUCGCUGGUUGCUUUUGGAUACUCCCAAGAUUUAGAACUCCAGCAUGCAUCUACUGUAAAUUAUGUCUUUAGAGAAACCACAGAAUCUCUGCGUUCGACCACCACAACGUCAGAUCCCCAGGAGAAGGACAAAGGGCCCGAAACGUCUCGAGUCCUGAAGGCGCUGUCGUGGUUGGUAACACAGCGGGAAAGUGACUGGGGAUGGCGAAACGACACCCCCAAAGUAUUGACGGCCCUCCAACUCGCCCCCAGAGAGGAGUCUCCGAGGCAGACCGCCGAUCCUCUGGAGAUGCAAUUGUCCCUCAAGCAGAUGGAGGUGGAGAUUGUCGUGUUGUUGUGGAGACAUCAUGAGGUUCCAAUAACUCCUCCAAAACUAGCUCAAUACUGCCUAGCUCUAUGUGCAAUGUGCUAUGAUCCCAGGCAAUUCCAUGGUCAUGAUCUUAUUGGAAGCCUCCAACAUCAUGAGCCUAUCCAUGACAUAGAGUUUGCUUAUGCAACUUUAGCCGCAUGUACAGCUAGAGCGCAUGUUAGGAAGAAGCAGAUUCGAAGAUUAUUGGAUAUAGCGAAUACUGCCAAGGACCAUAAUAUAGAUACAGUCGCAAUGACAAUUUUAGCUUUAAGAUGCAUAGUAAAAGAUCAUAGGCAUAGAAAUCUACAGCAUUCCCUUAGAAGGCCUAGUAUAAGCUUAGCCCGACAGCAGCAGCAAGACGGAGGCUUCGGAAAUUUGUAUAAUACUGCUCUUACGCUCCAAGCUCUACAAGAUUUGAGCGAAAUAAACAAUCAUUGGAACCGUACUGCUGCCAAAACAUACGUGGAAUCUAAACAAGAUCCAGAUGGAGCCUUUACUGAUCCAAACUUAACUGCCGAAGUUGUCUUCGCAUUGUCUGAAAGAGGACUGGGACAUAUCAGAAAUAUAGAUUGUGGAAAGUUUGAUAGCGAUUUUGACAAUCAUGUGGAAAUCGACGGCCUAACAAAAUCGCUUUCCAGUCAUGGAAACGAUUCUGAAAUCCGAAAUGUCACCGUCACCUACACACUUUGGGUUGGUUCAAACAUUACAGAAAACGCAACAAUAAGCGUAACUGCACCUAGAAAUACUUCGUUCUACAAUAUAAUGCAACUUGCCAUGGAGAUGGACCCUCAUUUUGCAUUCGAAGCAUCGGAAUGGCCUAACGGACAUUACGUCCACACUCUUGCUGGUUAUAAAGAAGAGCCCAUGGGCUAUCAUUAUUGGCUGUUAUACAGACUACCAGAGCUUCCUGACCCCUUAACACCCCCAGCUAAUCAACUGGUUGCACCUGUCGGCGUGGACGAUCUCCUGAUUGAAGAAGGUGACCACUAUCUCUUCUGGUACAAGAAACUCUAAAAUCACAGUGAAAUUUAUAUUUUUUAGUUUUAUAAACUCUUAAACCUUUCGUUGACUUGUUAAAUGUGUGCCAUGAUCAUAUCCUCUUGAGUUUAUUUCGAUGCUUUGUGAUCGUGCGAUAUGGUCGUAAAAUUUUUGAAAGCUUUCUCAGCUUUUGGCUUGACGUGGAGAUAAAAAGAGUGGUGCUACUCUAGUAUGCGGUCUAUUCCGAGGAUGUGGUCUACCUGUGUUCUAUUAUAAUGUGCGAUGUACCGAUCAUAACCUAAUAUUUCCUGAAGGCUUUGCCCAAAAUAAUGAAAUGUAAGAAAAUCUUGUAAAAGAAAAUAUGUGUUCAUAAGUAAGAAACAUUUAAUAAUAACAGUUAAUGAACCACUACAACAACAGCGGCAACAGCAGGCACAACAGCAAGUACAACAAUAAAUACGAAGAUGCACCUUAGAGCCCCUUCAGACUGCUGACUUUUUAUCGGCCGAUAGUUUAGUCGGGUUGGGCUGUUAGUGCGCAUACCGAGCCAACUAAACAGUCGGGUUGGUGAAGGGGGCGCAGACUAGCCAACUGUCGACCAACUAUUCUCGAACGAUUUAGUACUAAAGUUCGUAUUUGAUCAUUCAAGUGAGUAGUCGCAUAAUGCAAAAAUUGUCCAGAAAUGUUAUUAUCGCUCUCAUACAAUGGAUGAGGAAAACCAAGAAGAGAUUCCGAGAGUAUUUAGUGCAUCCCAUUCACAAUGGAAGAAAUUAGAAGACGAUAAAAACUAACAGAUGUGUUCCAGAAGAUUGCCAUGUUAAAAUGGAACAUGGUUGGACACAUAGGCAGAAUGAAAGACAACCGUUGGAUGAAGCGAAUUCUUGCAUGGCGACCAAGGGCAAGCAAGAGAAGUAGAGCCAGGCCUCAAACAAGAUAACCUGAUGACAUCAAGUGAAUUGCUGGCCACACAUGGAUACAAAAAACAACAAACAGAAAUGAAUGGAUACACCUAAGGAAGGCUUACUUCCGGCGAUAGAUGGAAUAGCUGUUGAUGAUGAUGAAUCCUGAGUGAUAAAUUAUUUAGUGGAAAAUUCUUCACAAUGUAUUCUAAAUUACUUUGAUUACCCAAAAAAUUUGUCGCCUUUUAUCGGAUGAUCAUAGCCGGCUUCAAUGUACUUCUUGUUGUAGUUCUUUCUCCUAUCGGAGGUUGGCUAUCAUCACAGCUAUCCGUACCUUAUUGGCGGCUGCUCUGAAAAGAUCUACUGAGCUGCAACCCUACCACUCUCUUAGGUUUCUCAGUAAAUAAUGAUUCUAGGUUAAAAAAUUCAUGCAAGCUCCCUAACCAAGAAGAUUAUGGUUUUAUUUAUUUAAUAGUAUAGUAAAGAAAUAAAUUUAUUGUAUUUUCCUGAAAAUGUUUAUUACUACUUAGUACUAAACAUUUUGCCUAAAAACGGUUUUCUGCCUUUCGUUUUUUUUUUUGUGCAAAUCCUUCUGAGAAAAGGUUAUGGUGUUCUUUAGCUGCACACGUAGACCACAAUCUAUAGCAGAAACUUGGCUGUAGACCGCAUACUAGAGUGGCACCUAAAGAGUAUUAACGUUUCUAAACGCAUUAUUUCUUUGUAGAUGUUUAUAUUAAGUCUAUAUCUAAAGAAUCUGUUAAACGUACAUAUUAUGUGAACUAUUUGGUCUAAGUAUUUUGAUUUAGAAAAGGUGAAUAUUAAUAAUUGGUCAGAGCUGUGGUAUUAAUCAUAGCUUUUUGGAACAAGCAUUAAAUAAUUAAAAUUAUAAAAAGCAAAAUUUAAUUUAGCUGCAUUAGAUGACCUGAAAACUUAAAUCAUUGGUAAAUUUUUUACAUGUCAUAUUUAUUGCAACCUUAAAUCGGGAUACGGACGUUUCGCCC